AAUCCCUGUCAAUGUCAUGUGCAAAGAAGAUUAUCAUCUUCAUAAAAAUCCAAACAUUUCUCAUACUAUAUGAGAAUAAAGCCACAGCCAGUGCCGUCAACGACAACACUUUCAUAGAACGACGCUGAAAUGACAAAUUUCAACCCCACCAACUUGUCGUACCCUUUCGCUCAAAUCCCACUUUCCCCUCAUUUCCUCUUACUCCGCUUUCUCUUCCCAUUUCCCAAAAUGGGUACGAAACCACUGAAAAUCUAAGCUCCCACGGAUUGCUUUUGCUUUGCUCUGUUGCAAAAUCAUGGACCCACUGAAGCUCCGCCGUGUGUUGGUUUUUCUAUUUCUGGGUUUUGUUGGAUGGCCGAUGUCGUUGAUUGGCGCCGCCGCUGGGGGCGGUGGGGGUUCGGGGAGUUGUCGAUUUCCGGCAGUGUAUAACUUCGGUGACUCGAACUCGGACACUGGAGGAAUAUCGGCUGCAUUCAAUGUGAUUCAAUCACCCAAUGGCAUGACCUUCUUUGGACAUCCUUCUGGGAGGGCCUGUGAUGGCCGUCUUAUUGUAGACUUUAUCGCUGAGAAGCUGGAAUUUCCUUACCUGAGUGCAUAUCUGGAUUCAGUAGGAACAAGCUUUAGGCAUGGAGCUAAUUUUGCAACAGGCGGUUCGUCGAUUCGUCCUGGUGGUUACAGCCCUUUUCAUCUUGGCCUCCAAGUGUCACAGUUCAUCCAAUUCAAAGCCCGCACCACCUAUCUAUACAAUAGACUCCAGUCCAACAACAAAUCUCUACCUAUCAAAAGCAGCAUUGCAAGGCCUCAGGAGUUUUUGAAGGCGCUAUAUAUGUUCGAUAUUGCACAGAACGAUCUCUCCUAUGGUUUCCAACACUCAUCUGAAGAACAAGUUAGAGCUUCCAUUCCAGAUAUACUAAACACAUUUUCUGAAGCUGUGCAACAAAUAUACAAGGAGGGGGCAAGAUAUUUCUGGGUGCAUAAUACAGGUCCAAUUGGAUGUCUGCCUUUUGCUAUUUUGGAUAACCAGAGGCCAGGUAAUAUAGACAGCAUAGGCUGUGUGAAGAGUGCGAAUGAAGUCGCUCAAGAACUCAAUCGGCAACUUAAGAAUCUGCUAUUAAAGCUAAGGAAAGAGCUUCCUCUAGCUAGGAUUACGCACGUAGACAUGUAUUCAGCCAAAUAUCUUCUCGUUAGCACAGCGAAAACUCAAGGUUUUGUUAGUCCAGUGAACUUUUGCUGUGGGAAUUUCCAUGGUUUUCACAUUAACUGUGGGAAGAAAGAAAUUGUGAAUGGAACAGUUUAUGGAAUUCCUUGCAAAGAUCCAUCAAGGCAUAUUAGUUGGGACGGCAUACACUACUCUGAGGCUGCAAACUUGUGGAUUGCUAACCACAUUUUGAAUGGCUCAUUUUCAGACCCACCAUUGCCAAUUGACAAAGCUUGUCAAAGCUCCAAUUAAUGCAUGAUAUAGCCACACUUUUUGAAAAUA